ACCCGGGCUCCUGGCCAUUCGCUGGGUCAUCACUGGGACACUCACCCCAGGGCCUCUGCCCACAGGGUUACCCCACGUCUGGGCUUUCCCGGAGCUCUGCGGCCGGCCUGGCGGCACCGGGCCUGACCACUGGGUUCCCAGGGAUCCAAGCUCUGCCACCAGCGCAGGCCACAGUCCAUGUGAUGCGAGUCACUUGUGCCAUGUGUCACAUGCAUGGCUCUUGUGAUGCAUGUGCCAUGUUGAUAUGUGUCACGUGUGCCGCUUAGGACACUCGUGGUCGGGGCAUGUGUGCUCCUGACCUGCUGGGCCCUGGGGGAGCCGCCGCAUGGGGCUCCGGAAUGCACAGUGCGACCGACAGCUGGGAGCCGGCCCGGAGCUGCUUCCUGGGGUGACAGCGACCAGAGCCCGUGGCUCCGAGGUGGGCUCCCUAAUGGAGCCGCUCCCCGCCUCUCACCACAGCUGCUGCCAUGUUGCCACCGCCCUCGGAGCAGGCCCUGAGCGAGCUGCUGGCGCGCAAGGAGGAGGAGUGGCGCGCGCUGCAGGCCCACUGCGCCCAGCUGCAGGAGGCGGCCCUUCAGGACGCUCAGCGCCGGCUGGAGGAGGCCGAGGGGAGGCUGCGGCGCCUGCAGGAGGACUUCGUCUACAACCUGCAGCUGCUGGAGGAGCGGGACCGGGAGCUGGAGCGCUACGACGCCGCCUUCGCCCAGGCGCAGAGGCUGCAGGAGGCCAGGCAGGCCGAGGCCAGUGAGCUCAAGAUCGAGGCGGCCAAGCUGCGGCAGGCGCUGGCCAGUGAGGCCCGGCAGCGGGAGGACCUGCAACAGCAGCACCAGCUGAAGCUGCAGGAGCACCGCCUGGCGCUGGAGCAGGUCCACAGCGACAAGAAUGCUGAGAUCGACCGCCAGCGGGAACAGUAUGAGAAGCUGAAGUGGCAGCUGGAGAGGAAGCUCCAGGAGCUGGAUGGCGAGCUGGCUCUGCAGAGACAGGAGCUAUUGCUGGAGUUCGAAUCUGAAGUGCAGAAGAGGGAGCACGGGUUCCGGCUGCACGCCGACAGCAUGAGCAGCACAGUCCUAACCCACGAGCUCAAGGUUAAGCUUCUGAACAAGGAGCUGGCGGCGCUGAGAGAGGCCGGGGCCCAGGCUGCCGAGUCCCUGCAGGGCGCGCAGGCGGCCAAAGCGGAGCUGGAGGAGCAGCUGCAGCGCGCCGCCUGGGAGCUCCGGGACCUCGCCGCCGUGAAGGACGCCCGGAUAAAAGACCUGGAGGACAAGCUCCAGUCGCUGCAGCUCACCCGGAGCACGGAGCAGGAGACCUUCCGGAGGAAGUGA